AUGCGCUUCUUCCUCAUUGCCCAACUCGCGCUCUGCAUCGCUGCGCUUGCCGUAGCCGCCGCUCCGAUUCCUUAUGGACAGAUCGAUGAGCUCGUCCGCCGAGUCAGCGUCAAGGUCGAGCCCAACGUGGGCAAGAAGAAUGCAGCAAAUGCGCAGGCCUGUGUGGAGGCGUACUGCAAGAACAAUGUUCCUUCGGCCGACUCGGCGACGGUGAGUUGCAGGCGUGUCGUUGCACAGGGACUGCAUCCGCUCAUGCCAACUCUCACUUUGGAUCGCAGGUGUUUGACAACCUGCACAAAAGUCCAUCAGACAGCACCCCGCACUACACGACGUCCGUCAAGGAUGCCAACGGCAACUACAUCAACGGCUUCACACCCGGCACUACUCCCGACAAUGGCCAAAAGGCGCCCAUGCACCACGUCGACGCAAGCGGCAACCCUACUCCGCAACAGCAAUCAGUCCUGAAUGCAAACGGAGGAAAGUUCCCCAUUUAA